AUGGAAAGCUCACUGCUGGCCACAGAAUGUAAAACCGAUACCAGUUGGGAAGAGUGGUGGACCUACGACGGAAUCUCAGGUCCUGGAUUUUGGGGUCUGAUAAAUCCUCAGUGGUUUCUGUGCAGCAAAGGAAGGAGACAGAGUCCCAUCAACAUCAAGCCUGACAAGCUUCUCUUCGACCGCCACUUGAGACCCGUGUUGGUCGACAAACACAAGGUUUCCGGAAGUUUACAGAACACCGGUCAUGUUCUGGUAUUCAGAGCGGACCGUGACGCGAAGGUUCGAGUGAAUAUAACGGGUGGCCCGUUGGCCUAUCACUACCAAUUCGAGGAGAUCUACAUUCACUACGGUCAGGAGGACGACCAUGGCUCGGAGCACCGUAUCAACAACUACGCUUUUCCCGCGGAGAUACAAGUGUACGGCUUCAACGCGGAAUUGUAUCACAACAUGAGCGAGGCGCAGCACAAGAGUCAGGGCCUGGUCGCGAUCUCGUUAAUGGUCCAGCUGGGACAGACGCUGAACCCCGAGCUGCAGAUCAUAACCAGCGUGCUGAAUCAAGUUAUUUAUCGUGGUAAGAAAGCACCCAUCCGUCACCUGUCCCUGAAGAAUCUCCUCCCAGACACGGACGGUUACAUGACCUACGAGGGUAGCACGACUCAUCCCGGUUGUUGGGAGACAGCAGUGUGGUUGAUCCUCAACAAACCCAUUUACAUUACCGCGAAAGAACUUUACGCACUGAGGAAACUAUGGCAAGGUCCCGAGGAAGCUCCAAAGGCACCACUGGGAAACAAUUCGAGGCCGCUCCAGGAACUUCAUUUCAGGACUAUACGGACAAAUAUCGAUUUCCGCAAGCAGCCGGACGCGAAGUGUCCAUCGAUGGCGCAGGACAUGCAUUAUAAAGCCAACACGUGGCAGGACGAUGGCUCCAUCUCGCACAACAUCGUCUGAAACGGUGGCCAAGGGGGGGG